GCCACCUUCCUCCUUCCACGGGUGGGACGGGCGGCUCAGGUUUCUCCUGAGCCGCGGCGGGGCCUGGAGACCUUUGGACCAUGACGUGAGCACCGGGAAGCCCUUAAGAGGCGGCGCAGGGCGCGCGGCACAAGCAGCCGCGCACCUGCAGCCAUGACCGUCCCCAUCGCCAAGUCCUUCUAUGACCUGAGCGCCACCUCCUUGCAGGGGGAAAAGGUGGAUUUUGGCGUUUUCCGGGGCCGCGUGGUCCUGAUCGAGAACGUGGCUUCGCUCUGAGGCACCACGGUGCGGGAUUACACCCAGCUCAACCAGCUCCAAGCCCGCUACCCCCGGCGGCUGGUCGUGCUGGGCUUCCCCUGUAACCAGUUUGGAUACCAGGAGAACGGCACCAAUGAGGAGAUCCUCAACACCCUGAAGCACGUGCGGCCUGGGGGUGGCUUCGAGCCCAACUUCACCCUGUUCCAGAAGUGCCAGGUGAACGGGAGCGACACCCAUCCCGUGUUCGCCUACCUCAAGGCUCACCUGCCCGCACCGGCCGACGAGCCUGCACACCUGAUGGCCGAGCCCCGCUUUGUCGUCUGGAGCCCCGUGCGGCGCUCCGACAUCUCCUGGAAUUUUGAGAAGUUCCUGGUGGGGCCUGAGGGGGAACCGUUCCGGCGCUACAGCCCACGCAUGCCCACAGCCCAGCUGGAGCCCGACAUCCAGCGUCUCCUCAAGCUGGCCAAGUAAUCCUAGCUCUGGUGUGAUCCUAGCUCUGGUGUGAUCCUAGCUCUGGUGUGAUCCUGGCUCCGGUGUGAUCCUGGCUCCGGCGUCACCCCGGGAUGGCCCCAGCUCUCCGCAGAGUGACAGCCCCCUCUGAAACCUCCACGGGGAGGGGGCUUGAUGGGGGCAGAGGGUUGGAGCCGCCGGGGCGGCGUGGGCUGGUGGCAAUAAAUGAGCCGCAGGGAGAGUG